GACCCCAUCUCCUUGGAGGAGCCAAGUGGGGUGGCUGCAGCCUCUGCAAGCAAGCUGACUCCUUUGGGGCAUAAUUCACCCUUUCUCAUAGCCUCUGUCCCCCGAGGCCAAGCCUACAGGGUCCAUCUCUGCAGAUUUUCUGCCCACGAGUUCCCUGGAGCACAGAGAACACUCCUGAGAGAGAGAGUCCUUGUCACACCACUCAUGAUCUCCCAGGCUGCUUCUCCCCAGUGCUUAGCACAUGGAGAUGCAUUCAUUUUUUUGUGAGCACGUUUACUGACUGCGUGGCUCCCAUGCCAGCCUGGACACUCUGUGAGGCCAGGCUCUGCCUCUGGUUUCCCCACUCAGUCCCCAGCACCCAGCCCAGUCCUGGUGCAUAGGAGACGCUUGCCACACAGCUGCUGUGUGGGUGGAUGGACGGAUGCAUGAAGAAUCCGUGGUGCGGAGCACAUGGGGAAGUGGCCUUUGUUCUUCCAUAUAGAACAGCAGAGGCGGGAAGACCGAGGAUCAGAAAUUCCAGAGGUGGGGAGCACGGUGGAAGUGGAUGCACUUGGGGGACCGUCUCAGAGGGGCUGGCCCACUCCUACUACGCCAGAUCUGGAGGUGCGCCCCUGUCUGAACUCCAUCCUGCCUGCUGCCCAGCAACUCCCUGGCUUCCUCCCUGUCACAUGGGACUCCCGCACCUGGUGCUGUCGGGGACCGCUCCCCACACUCCACGCCCUCCGGACCUCGCAGGACAUUUCCAGGUCUGGCCACAAGGUGGAGCAUGGCAGCUGCAGGACAGUGCUGGGGGCCGGGCUGCAGAGGAGCCUGGACCUGCGCCCGGUGACCUCCCCGCUCUGUGAACGUGUGGGAGUUUGUGUCUGUGCAUCCAGAGAACCAGAGGGCUGUGGUUGACUUGCCGUGCUCCCCCCAACCCCCCACUGGGAUUGCCUGGGUCUCUGGGGGAUCACCGAGAAGCUGGAUAAAGAGGGCUGGCACUGUUGCCUCGGCUCACUAAUGCCUCAUGGUUUUACAGUGUCUCUGAGAUGACCUGGAUUCCUGAACCAGGUUUCCUUGAAGAGCUCCUCCUGUCCACCCCAACAAGAGGCCAGCUGGAGAGCAAGCAAACAUCGAGUGCAGCAGGAGACUAUAAGGGUCUGGAUCCCGAUGGCUUCCGCUGCUACUGCGUGCCGGGUUUCCAGGGCCCACGCUGCGAGCUGGACAUCGAUGAGUGUGCAUCCCGGCCGUGCCACCAUGGGGCCACCUGCCACAACCUGGCCGAUCGCUACGAGUGCCAUUGCCCCCUUGGCUAUGCAGGCGUGACCUGCGAGACGGAGGUAGACGAGUGCGCCUCGGCGCCCUGUGUGCACGGGGGCUCGUGCCUGGACGGCGUGGGCUCCUUCCGCUGUGUGUGCGCGCCGGGCUACGGGGGCACCCGUUGCCAGCUGGACCUUGACGAGUGCCAGAGCCAGCCAUGUGCGCAUGGGGGCACGUGCCACGACCUGGUCAAUGGGUUCCGGUGCGACUGCGCGGGCACCGGCUACGAGGGCACGCGCUGCGAGCAGGAGGUGCUGGAGUGCGCAUCGGCGCCCUGUGCGCACAACGCGUCCUGUCUCGAGGGUCUCGGGAGCUUCCGCUGCCUCUGUUGGCCAGGCUACAGCGGCGAGCUGUGUGAGGUGGACGAGGACGAGUGUGCAUCGAGCCCCUGCCAGCACGGGGGCCGAUGCCUGCAGCGCUCUGACCCGGCCCUCUACGGGGGCGUCCAGGCCACCUUACCUGGUACCUUCAGCUUCCGCCACGCUGUGGGCUUCGUGUGCCACUGCCCUCCUGGCUUUGAGGGAGCCGACUGCGGUGUGGAGGUGGACGAGUGUGCCUCACGGCCAUGCUUCAACGGAGGCCGCUGCCAGGACCUGCCCAAUGGCUUCCAGUGUCACUGCCCAGAUGGCUACGCAGGGCCGACAUGUGAGGAAGAUGUGGAUGAAUGCCUGUCAGAUCCCUGCCUGCAUGGCGGAACCUGCAGUGACACUAUGGCAGGCUAUAUCUGCAGGUGCCCAGAGACGUGGGGCGGGCGCGACUGUUCUGUGCAGCUCACUGGCUGCCAGAGCCACACCUGCCCACUGGCUGCCACCUGCAUCCCUAUCUUCGAGUCUGGGGUCCACAGUUAUGUCUGCCAUUGCCCACCUGGUACCCAUGGACCUUUCUGUGGCCAGAAUACCACCUUCUCUGUGAUGGCUGGGAGCCCCAUUCAGGCAUCAGUGCCAGCUGGUGGCCCCCUGGGUCUGGCACUGAGGUUUCGCACUACGCUGCCUGCUGGGACCUUGGCCACUCGCAAUGACACCAGGGAAAGCUUGGAGCUGGCAUUGGUGGCAGCCACACUUCAGGCCACACUCUGGAGCCACGGCACCACUGUGCUUGUCCUGAGACUGCCAGACCUGGGCCUAAACGAUGGCCAUUGGCACCAGGUGGAGGUGGUGCUCCACCUAGCGACCCUGGAGCUACGGCUCUGGCAUGAGGGCUGCCCUGCCCGGCUCUGUGUGGCCUCUGGUCCUGUGGCCCUGGCUCCCACGGCUUCAGCAACUCCACUGCCUGCUGGGAUCUCCUCCGCCCAGCUGGGGGACACGACCUUUGCAGGCUGUCUCCAGGACGUGCGUGUGGAUGGGCACCUCCUGCUGCCUGAGGAUCUCGGCGACAACGUCCUCCUGGGCUGCGAGCGCCGAGAGCAGUGCCAGCCUCUGCCUUGUGUCCAUGGAGGGUCCUGCGUGGAUCUGUGGACUCAUUUCCGUUGCAACUGUCCUCGACCCCAUAGGGGUCCCACGUGUGCUGAUGAGAUUCCUGCCGCCACCUUUGGCUUGGGAGGCGCCCCAAGUUCUGCCUCCUUUCUGCUUCAAGAGCUGCCAGGCCCCAACCUCACACUGUCUUUCCUUCUCCGUACUCGGGAGCCCGCUGGCCUGUUGCUCCAGUUUGCCAAUGACUCCGCAGCUGGUCUGACAGUAUUCCUGAGCGAGGGUCAGAUCCGGGCUGAGGCGCCGGGCGGUCCUGCUGUAGUGCUCCCUGGGCGCUGGGAUGAUGGGCUGCGUCACCUGGUGACGCUCAGCUUCGGGCCUGAGCAGCUCCAGGACCUGGGGCAGCACAUGCACGUGGGCGGGAGGCUCCUUGCUGCUGACAGCCAGCCCUGGGGUGGGCCCUUCCGAGGCUGCCUCCAGGACCUGCGACUCGAUGGCCGCCACCUCCCCUUCUUUCCUCUGCCACUGGAUAACUCAAGCCAGCCGAGCGAGCUUGGCGGCAGGCAGUCCUGGAACCUCACCGCAGGCUGUGUCUCCGAAGACAUGUGCAGUCCUGACCCCUGUUUCAAUGGUGGGACUUGCCUCGUCACCUGGAACGACUUCCACUGUACCUGCCCUGCCAAUUUCACAGGGCCUACGUGUGCCCAGCAGCUGUGGUGUCCCGGCCAGCCCUGUCUCCCACCUGCCACGUGUGAGGAGGUCCCUGAUGGCUUUGUGUGUGUGGCGGAGGCCACGUUCCGCGAGGGUCCCCCCGUCGCGUUCAGCGGGCACAACGCAUCGUCGGGGCCCUCGCUCGGCAGCCUGUCGCUGGCCUUCCGCACGCGCGACUCCGAGGCCUGGCUGCUGCGUGCCACGGCAGGCGCCCUGGCAGGCGUGUGGCUAGCGGUGCGCAAUGGCUCACUGGCGGGGGGCGUGCGCGGAGGCCACGGCCUCUCCGGUGCUGUGCUGCCCAUACCUGGGCCGCGCGUGGCCGAUGGUGCCUGGCACCGAGUGCGCCUGGCCAUGGAGCGCCCGGCGGCCGCUCCCUCGCGCUGGCUGCUGUGGUUGGACGGUGCAGCCACCCCGGUGGCGCUGCGCGGCCUGGCCGGUGACCUGGGCUUCCUGCAGGGCCCAGGUGCCGCGCACAUCCUGCUGGCCGAGAACUUCACCGGCUGCCUGGGCCGCGUGGCGCUGGGCGGCCUGCCCCUGCCCUUGGCGUGGCCCCGACCCGGCGUGGCCCCUGGAGCCCGAGAGCACUUCGCUGCCUGGCCUGGGACGCCGGCCCCCAUCCUCGGCUGCCGCGGCAUGCCCGUGUGUGCGCCCUCGCCCUGUCUUCACGGCGGUGACUGUCGCGACCUCUUCGACGCCUUCGCCUGCGCCUGCGGACCGGGCUGGGAGGGCCCGCGCUGCGAGGCCCACGUCAACCCCUGUCACUCCGCGCCCUGCGCCCGUGGCCGCUGUCACACGCACCCCGACGGCCGCUUCGAGUGUCACUGCCCGCCCGGCUUCGGGGGCCCGCGCUGCAGGUUGCCUGUCCCAUCCAAGGAGUGCAUCCUGAAUGUCACCUGCCUCGAUGGCAGCCCGUGUGAGGGUGGCUCUCCCGCUGCCAACUGCAGCUGCCUGGAGGGUCUUGCUGGCCAGAGAAGGGCGUGCCCCUGCCGCUGCCAUUUCCGCUGCUGGAGGUGGCCGUGCCUGCAGCCUGUGCCUGCCUCCUCCUCCUCCUCCUGGGCCUCCUUUCAGGGAUCCUGGCAGCCCGAAAGCGCCGCCAGUCCGAGGGCACCUACAGCCCAAGCCAGCAGGAGGUGGCUGGGGCCCGGCUGGAGAUGGACAGUGUCCUCAAGGUGCCACCGGAGGAGAGACUCAUCUAGGCCAGCCUGGCUGCCGGCACCAGCACCUGGAGGUCCUGAAUGGUUUCUACCUGGAGACCCAAGGAAGCUGCUGCCACGGCUCGGGACAUUGCUAUGGAAGUGUCCCCUUGGCUGGCAGCCUCUGCCUCUGCCCCAUCGUGGAUGGAGGAUGAGGGGAGCAACUCAGGGAAACAGAGACCUAGAGAGGCUGUGGACUUCAUCCCACCCUCGGGGUUGUGCCUCGGCAGGUGUACGGCUGUGCGUGGGAGGGCACAUGUGGGUGCACACAGUGUGUGUAUCUGGAGGAGUGUGUCUGAGUGUGUACCUGGGCCCGUGUUAGUCUACAGAUGCUAGUGUGUGUCCUGACAGGGCUGCAGGGCGUGUCUGCUGCGUUUGCUGUGUGUCUAUGACUGUGAUGGGUGCGGCUGAUCUCAGGAGGCGGUGGCUGCUCCACGGGGUCAACCAUUACAGUCCUGGGGCAGGGGCGGCCUAAGGCUGCACGUUCUCCAGGAGGCCAGGCCGGGGUUGCCCAGGCACCAAGGCCAGGGUUCCUGCCUCCUUCCCUGCCUCUGGGGGCUGCUCCUGCCACGGAGGCAGCUGGGAAGUCGGGAGGCCACUGGCAGAGGCCGAGUGGGCUCUGGCUCCUAGAACAAACAUCCCUUCAGGCAGGUCUGUCUGCCAGAAGCCAGAGCCAGUCACGCGAGGGAACCACAGACCCACCCGCCCCCUCAGGCGGAGCAGCCCAAGGGAGCAGAGGAGGGGCUGCCUUGAGCUUCCCACCCUGCUGUGGUCAUUUGUCAAAGGGGGAAGGCACCCCCGCCUACCUCACAGGGCUGUUGUGAGGAUCGGAGAGGAUGACAAUGGGGAGAGAAUCUGGACGUCGUCAACUCCCGUCUGAUGGGAAGGAUCGUCUGCAUGUCCUUCUGGGAUAAGGAUGACAGAGCAACCCUUCUCCUGCCCCAAACGCCCCCAGCUCACCCAACCACCUCUGGGUCUCCAGCUCCGGUCCUCCCUGGCAGCCUGGCGAGCGAGCUCCUUCCCCUGAUGACCGGUUGCCUCUACACAGAUUCGGCGAGAGGACUCGAAGGAAGCCCUCUGGGGUGUCUGCUGAGCGGAGGAGCUCAGUGAACACUGGCGCUGCGUCUGUGUCAGGGCUGGGCCUGCAGAGGCAGACUCGGGGGAGACUCUGCUGCUUGCUCCCAGCCCCUUCCCCGGCGAUGCCCAUCACACUGUGACCUCCGAUCCCUGAAGGGCACUUGCCUAAGGGCCUGGCCUCCUUCCAGCUUCAUGGACCUGGAGAUGUGCCCUUUCGUCCUUCCUGCUUCUCAGGCCAGGAGAUCCGUUUACACUUUUGGGUCGACAGUCAGCUUUUCCUUUCGGUUUCGGCGAGUCCCAGAGGCAUGGGUGUCCAAUCCAAGGUGGAACCACGUGACAACUUGGGGGACUGGGACAUGGGACUGGGAAGUCAGCAGAGGCUGGGAUAGAGAGGGCCCUGAACGCCAGGCUCAGGGGCUUGCCUGGUCCUUAUCCUGGAGGAGGUGGAACCACUUUUCGCUGAACUUUCUCUACAACCCUUGGGAACAGGGGGAGGAGGCAUCCGGUUCCCUUGCCUUAGCGGGUUCCAGGGUCAGUUUACUGAGUUAGGGAUUUGGAAAACCUGUGUCAGCUGUGACUCCUAGGAUAUUUUAUGUGGAACCCCAACAUGUAGAUGAAAGCUG